AUGCGUGCUCAGGUUGACGGGCUGGCGAAGCGCGGCUCUUGCGCCGGAGGGUACCGCGGCACUGGUCGCGUGCGCGCGCUCCGUCGCCUUAUCGACGAUACACCCGAUAACAUGCUGUCCAAGUGGUUGCCGGUUGCGAUACCGGUUAGGAAGAAAGGUAGUUCCCACAGCGUGCCGUUACCAAGAAGAAGAUCUUAUACUGAUGAUCCAACAAGCUCCACUGUACAAUCUGCUGUUUCAGCAGAAGACAUACCUGCAACGAACGAACCUGUAUCCUGUGAAGCUGGCAAAACGAAACCAUUGAAAAAACAUGUUAAGCUGAACCAAGAAACGGCAUUACCUCAGGCUGCUAAAUCAGAAGGCGGACUUGAAAAUAAGCGGCAGGAGUUUUUAAAAUUUCGAAAGCAAUUUAUUCAACAACAGAAUGAGUACAUCGAUCGAUACACCCAAUUGCGUGAUAUGGAGGCAAGGUCUGGCAUCCUCGAUUCGCGGCCCAUCGGAGAGGUGCGCGUGGUGUCCAUCACGGACUGGCCGGUUCACGACCUGUUGUUCAUGACCGAGACCUCGUCCACGCAGUACCAUACCGAAAUUAAAGGAGUUCUUGGGCCUAAGAUACUCCAGCAGCUAUCUGUUCAACUUAAUGAGAUACGCGAUGAAGUCCUAGCCAUGGGUACCGAGCUAAUGAAGCGACGCUUGGAUGUAUUGAAAUUUAUACGCGCUAUACAACGCAACGAGCACAGGGUGUUUGUAUACGAAGGUCAAGUAAGUACAAUCAGAAAGUAUUAAAUAAGAUAAGAGUGACAGCCUCGGAACAAUAUACCAUUCACCCUAAAAACUUAAGUUCCACAGUAUAAAUCUAGAUGGCUAAUUAGGUAAAGUAUAUAAGUGUGUAAAUUCAAUACGAACGGACUGGUAUUUGGCCCUGAAAGUUGGCCAAAAUCACUUUUUUAUUUAAUUUCAGUUCUUUAAGCAAUUGUUUCUUAAAACUAGUAUAACUGCUCCAAAUAAUAACAAAAAAUAAAUCACGCUAAGGCUAUCCAACACGUGUGUAGACUCAGCCGAAAGUUACCGUUCGCUGAGUGUGUCCGUAUGACUGUUCGAAGCGCUCGGAUUUCAUAAUUAUGAACAUUUUUUAACACUUAAUUAUAACAAAUUAAGGGGGAAGAAUAGUUUAUCGAAUUUAACGAAAUAACGGUAAUUUUUCUAUGAAAUUCCAUUUUAGGAACAAACGGUUUCUACUAACUAAAUCUUAACAAAUCGCUUUGAUUUUGAUGUCGAUCACUUCAGCAUAAUAUAUUCUAGGUUUAUCGGUUUUGAUUUUUUGGAAAAAACUAUAAAAAUAUAUUUUUGUUUGCAAAUUUUGAAAUAACCUAUAAACCUAGUUUUUCAUUGUGUCAAUAACAUACUAAAAAAAUCAUGGAGAAUGGAAAAUAUUUAGAAGUGGAAAAACGUUUUCUCUUUUUGUAUAGACGGUCACGUGGUAUACUUUCCUCUUAAUCUAGUUUUUCUAGAAUUAUACCCUUGAAAUGUAAGCAAAGCACCAGACACAUGCUAUUAAAACACAAAGACACCCCCAUUUGCAAGAUCAAAGGAAGUUGUAAUAUGUUUCUCACCCUAGUCACCAUAUCAACCAAAAAUUGCAAGUGUUCGUUAUAGAUUAAACCUUACUUAUCUAGUAUGUACUUCAGCAAAAAAAAGCCAUCCCAGUGCACACGCCUAUUUUUGGUGAUUUUUACUUUGUAGGCGCAUUCGAUACUGCCUCCUCCCUCGCCUUCUAAUUUUUUAACCAUGGUUCCAAAAAAUAUUCAAGAAAUCGUGAAACUAAAGCUUAGUAGAGACUUUCAAGGAAAAUUAUAUCGAAUAUGAUCGGUUGAGUAGUUUUUGCAUUAUUGAAAAAAAGUAUUUUUUGACGGACGGGUAAAUACGGAACCCUACACUGAGCAUGGCCCGACAUGCUGUUGGCCAGUUUUUUACCUUUUCCAAGGUAAAACUAAAAUAAAAUAUUGUAAGGAAGCCACUAGAGCUACAAAAUUUUGCCACUUUGUGUGUGUUCUACCGCUAGUACUAUAGGCUGUGUUCUGAAGAAUUGUUUGACAUGAUGCCCACGGCUACUUUCUGUCAUCGCACCGGCACCGCACGCCGUCAGCAGGGUGUUCAACCUUACACCCUAGAACCAUAAUGGUGGCGCACUGUGCGGUUUAAGAGGAACUUCCUCACGCGGACGGCCCGGCUGCGUAAUGAGCUACCUGCCGAGGUUUUCCCGAGGGUCUAUGAGGUUCUUCAAAAAAGGAGUGUACAUUGGCUACGGUGACUCUUCUUCUGGUAAAGAUCUACGUGGUAUGAAAAAAAAUCUAUGAAAUGCGCAGAAACUGAUACAUUUAUGCUCUAGGGCGUUUUACUUUACAAGUACGUUAUUUUUUCAAGUAAUUAAAAUUUGGUUUUAAAUGGAUUGUGUACAUUUUCCAUUCUGAUAAUUAACUCCCCAUUCCAUAAAUAAUGAUACUUUUACGUAAAUACUUAACUGAAUGUUACCCUCAAGAAAUACUAAAAA